AUGUGCCGCCGAGGAAAGACCCCUGACGGUUCUGCAGACGACGAACUCGGCCGUCGCGCUGAUGGCCCGCUGGGGAGCAGUAUCGGCACUACUGCCGCUCCAGCGGACGACACCGUCGUGCCGGCAGUCGCGCGAGCGUCGUCAGUGAGCACCUAUGGUCCGUUUAUUUCCCUGAGGAACACGGACGAUUUUUCGGAAGCGGAUGGUAGCGACAGAAGUUGUCGCAGUGCGACUGGUGACGGUGCUCGCGAGGCAGAUGGCGAUGGGAGAGCAAGCCGCAGACCGGAGGGGGAUGAUUGUGAGUCCGCGGAACGGGGGGGAGUGCAAGGCGGAACCGCGGAUGGCGGCAGAACAGCGGAAGUGUCGCCGCCACGUGGCAGCAGCUCACUGGAGGCUGUAUUCAACGGAGUCAACGUACUCACAGGCAUCGGUAUUCUCACCACCCCCUACGCGCUCGCUCAGUCCGGCUGGUUCGGCUUACUCCUUCUGCCCGCCACGUCCCUUCUCUACCUCCUCACCGCCCGCCUCCUCCGCGCCUGCAUGGACCACACACCCGCCACCGAUCCUCACACCUCCACCACCGCAUCCCACACCUCCACAACCCCGCCUCACACCUCCGCCACCGCACUCCACACCUCCACAAUAACCACGUACCCCGACAUCGGCGCAGCAGCGUUCGGCCGCACCGGCCGCAUGCUCACAUCUCUGGUGCUCUACGGGGAGCUCUUCGCUGUCUCAAUCGAACUCCUGAUUCUCGAAGGCGACAGCCUCGCCUUCCUCUUCCCCUCCUUCGCCCCCCACGGGGUCUCCCUUGGCCCCUCGAUCCGCCUGUCGCCCAACCAGGUGUUUCUAAUCAUUGCUGCCUUAAUCGUGCUCCCCACCGUGUGGCUCCGAAAGAUGUCACUGCUGGCGUACGUGUCCGUGGGAGGGCUGCUAGCAGCGCUGGUGACGGUGGUGGGAGUGGCGUGGGUGGCGGCCGUGGGAACGGACGAUGCAGGCUCUGCAACAGCAGCAGCAGCAGCGCCAGCAGAAGCGGAGGCAGCAGCGCAAGGGGGAGCGGCGUUGCUGCGGGUGCAGGGGAUACCAGUGGCGAUGGGGAUAUUUGGGUUCUGCUUCUCGGGGCAUGCUGUGUUUCCCACCAUCUACCGCUCCAUGGACAAGCCCCAGCACUUCAACCGGGUGAGUGGGAGAGCGACACUGCAACACAUGGAAGGACAGCAGCCGGAGUCACCCCCCUCCUCCCUCAAAAAGACUUCUGAGCAGCCUGAGUCGCCCCCCUCCUCCCUCAUCAUAACCCCCCUCCUCCCUCAUCGUAACCCCCCUCCCCCCCUCACCCCUCGCGUCCUCCCGUCCGCCCUCCAGGUACUCCUAAUCUGCUUCACCGUCUGCACAUGCAUAUACGGCGGCAUCGCCAUUCUCGGCUAUUCCAUGUACGGACAAGCCACUGCCGCUCAGAUCACGCUCAACCUGCCGCCCGCCCUCACGCCGUCCCGCAUAGUCCUAUGGACAACCAUCAUUUCCCCCAUCACCAAAUUCGCUAUCACCAUCACCCCCGUCGCUCUCGCCUUCGAAUCCUCCCUCUCUUCCCUCCUCUCCAACCUCUCCCCACCCAGCCUCGCCUCCUGUACGCCUUACUGCAUGACCCGCUUCAAGCACAGAGGCUGCAGCUGCAACUGCAAGUACACUCCGUUCCCUCUCUCGUGCCUCUUUAACUGGAUGAGGGUCAGCAGCAAAACAGCUGUUUCCCUAACUGUGAGAACCCUAUUGGUGGUGCUGGCAGCAGCAACAGGGCUGCUGCUUCCAUUCUUCGCCCUGGUCAUGACCCUCACAGGCUCUCUCCUCAGCAUCUCCAUCUCUUUGCUCCUCCCCACGGCCUGCCACCUCAGCAUCAAGUGGCGCCACCUGUCACGUGUCUCCGUUGCAUGCCAUGUGGCGAUUCUCCUGGGAGGGACGGCGGCGGCUGUGACGGGGACUGUCUAUGCCGUACGAGGAAUUGCUGCUGGUGGCAGUGGGUCACAUUGA